CCGCCGCGCCGCGCCGCUGACGCUGUGCGCAUUGAGACCGACGCGACGCUCAGAGCCUCGACUGCGCGGCGGAGGAGACAGUCUCGCUUCAGAAUGACACGAACCGAGCUGAUGCGCGGAAACCCUCCGGUUUAGGCAAAAGGUGGGGCCGCCAGGAUGGGGGAAGGGCCCGCGGUCAGGCCCUCGGCUGCUAUUACACCCAUGCAGCAGAUGCUGGCGUCUGGCACUGGGGCUGUACUAACAUCUCUUUUUGUCACACCAUUGGAUGUAGUGAAGAUCAGACUUCAAGCCCAGCAAACUCCCCUCUAUCAAGCCGUAGCAUCAGAGUCAAGGCCCUGGGCUAGGGUCAUCCGCCCUUCAAAAUGGAAAUGCUUCCUCUAUUGUAACGGGUUGAUGGACCACGUCUAUGUGUGUCAGAAUAUGUCAAGCUGCUCCAGCUGGUACAAAACCCCUACCCACUUCAGCGGGACCGUGGAUGCAUUUGUAAAGAUCACUCGUAACGAGGGGCUCAGGUCUUUGUGGAGCGGGCUUCCUCCCACACUGGUGAUGGCGGUUCCUGCCACAGUCAUCUAUUUCACCUGUUACGACCAGCUGCGAGACUUCCUAAGUUACGGCAUGGGCUAUCAGGGGGACCAUAUCCCUCUCAUAGCAGGAGGGUUAGCAAGAUUGGGAGCGGUGUCUGUGAUCAGCCCUCUGGAGUUAGUUCGGACUAUGAUGCAGUCCCGCAAGCUACAGUACAGCGAGCUGAUGGUGUGUAUCCGCUCGGCUGUGGCUCAGGACGGCUGGUUAUCUCUCUGGAGAGGCUGGGGACCCACUGUCCUACGGGACGUGCCCUUUUCCGCCCUGUACUGGUUUAACUAUGAGCUAGUGAAGGCACAGCUGUGUGAGCGGUACAGGGCUCCACCGACCUCAUUCACCAUCAGUUUUACAGCGGGGGCCGUCUCAGGAGCCAUCGCUGCAAUUCUGACCCUGCCGUUUGACGUGGUGAAAACACGCAGACAAAUCCAGUUAGGAGAAAUGCAGGCACUCGGAGCAGUCUCUGUGAAGAAACCGUCCUCCACAUGGAACAUGAUGAGGAAUAUCUGGAUUGACAUGGGAUACAGGGGUUUGUUUGCAGGUUUUCUCCCGAGAGUGAUCAAAGUUGCUCCCGCCUGUGCAGUCAUGAUCAGCACUUAUGAGUUCGGGAAAACUUUCUUUCAGGAGCGUAAUCUGAAUCAGGCGAGAUGCGGACUUUGAGAUGAGCGAGAAGACAAGAGGUUUGUCCAGGAUGAUGAGGAAGCUGAGACUCCUCCUUGCCAGCUACUGCAAACAACUGAUGACUUUAGCCAAGCUUUGAGUUAGUUCUCUGAAAAAACUCUAGUUGUUGGGUGAUGUGCCUGCUGACUGGCACAAGGAAUAAAAGCUGUGAGACUUAAACUACUUUCUUUGCAUCUGAGAUGAAAGACGUGCAUUAUGAUGCAUCAAUAAAUGCACAAUUUCCCCACAAACCCUGUGAUGCCUUUUGUAACAGUACCAAAGCAUGCUGGCAGAAGCACUACCUACCCAUAAUGCCCUACUUAUUGAAAUGGCUGCCGGUGGAACGUGACAUCCAGGUUGUUGUAUGUGCAAUGCAUGACUUUAGUCCCUUUUAUCAAAGCACAGGGCUGCCCUCUGCUGUUCAUGGUGAAGAAACCUCGGUGGAUAAAUGGACUGAAUGGAUAAACUACUCAAUACUGAGCUUUACAGUGUCUUCAUUUUCAGCAAGAAAAAAAAUUCAAAAAUGAUUAUUAUUUUAUGUAAUCGUUUUCUUUUUUUGCAAAUAUUUAACUCUCCUAAAGUAUAAAAGACCUGUCUUUUGUAAUCGGCACUGGACUCGGGAAUAGCCACAGGAACAUUUUUAUAGCUUUGUUUCAUGCAUUGAGAAUAUAAUGCAAAAUUAUUAUUAUUAUUAUUUUUUAAGGCAAUAAUUGUUCUAGUGUGUAGUGGAUGGGUCUCUGGUCUUGUCCUGUUUGCUACACUUGUUCACUGCAUUUAGUUCAGAUAUGAGCUGCUGUAAAACUUACUGCUGACUUGAAAUGAUUACAGUUCUCGGGUUUUAUUUAAUAAAAGACCUUGAAGAAA